AUGUAUCGUGGAAUCGGUACCUUGCGAUCUCAUGAGCGAUCACAACAACAAGCUGCUUCUCAAUGGUCUCAACAACAAACAAGAUUACAAUCAAAUGCUCAUGCUACAAUACCAUCAUCACUAAAACGACGUGGUGGAGGUGGUAGUCAAUAUUUUUGUGAUUUAUUAAAAGAAUGUGGCAUCGACAUGGUAUUGAAUGAUGAAGAAAAUAUGAACAACAACGAUUACAUUAAUUUUGUAUUGACAGUUGAUCAAGCAAUAUUUAUUAAAAGAAUGUCUCAUCGAACACGUGUGAAGUUUUCCUCUGAGAUAUCUGCUACUACUUCACCGCUACCUGUAUCACGAGCUACUACGACUGCCAGUACAGCAUUAAGUGCAGGAUCAACAAUUUUACCAUCCAUCCAUCUUCCAAAAAAAACGUUCCUAGCUGAAAUAGAAUCAUUUUUAAAUAAUGAACAAAUAUUUCGUUCAAGUUUAAUGCCAACUAUUACCGCCGAUGGUUGUGAUACAAUUCGUGGUGCAAAUCAAGAUAGUCUUUUACGAUUAUUAAUGUGUGUUGAUGAUAUUCAAUCAUGGCUAGGAAUAUAUUUACUUGAUAAAUUAGUUGAAUAUAUCAACAGUGAUAAACUCACCGUUGGUAAUCUACCGCCCGUAUCAAUGACACGUUUAAUUCUGCAAACAUUUCAUUAUUUACCAAUUAGUAAAUCAACGGAUGGUAAAGAAAUGUUAAAACAUUAUUUUGAUAUAUUACAGGUGAUGAAUAAAGAGACAAUAUCUUAUAUGGUUGAAAUAAUUAAUGAACUGUUUUUUGAUGAUAAAUAUCAAGAUACUAUUCUUGAAGAAUUAAUAAAAUUGAUUGAUCCAACAACAUCCGAUAUAACAAAACAAGUUUUAAAAACAUUAACACAAAUGAAACCCAAUUUAAAAAUGGAUGGUGAGAUUCGAUCAAAAAUUAUACCAUUAUUACCAAUGUGUUCAAUUGAAAUUAAAACAGAAAUGUUAUGUUAUAUGCUUGAAACAUCUAAAAAAGAUACAAUUGGCGAAUCAUUACAUCAUUUUCGACAAACAGCAACUGUUUCAUUAAGAUUGGAUUCAAUGAUAGCAGCAGUCUCAUCUACAGCGGGUGGAUCAAUGGAUAAAUUUGAAUCAAUUCAAAUUUUCUUUGAUCGUUUUGAAUAUUAUUUCAAUUCAUCAUUAGGUGUCUAUAAAGCGUGUCAAGAACAUAAAUUUGAUAAUGGUUUACUUAUUGAUUCACAUUUUUUAUUUGAUUUAUUUAUUUGUCUUUUACUUGUUGAUCGGCAUUAUUAUUCACAUUUGAAAACAUUUGCAACUAAAUUAGGUGAAGAUAUAUUUAAAAUAAAACAAAUUCAUCAACAUUUGAUCAAUAAUAUUUCCUUUGUUAAUAAAUAUUCACAUUUUUUAUUAAAAUUUGCCAAUGCUCUAUUUCAACAUUUAUCAUUUGGUAAUUUUGCAACAAUAACAACAACAAAUACAACAUUAUCAUCGGGAAAUUUAAUUCAUUUACAAAUUGGUUUACAAUUUGGUAUAAUGCUGUAUGAAUUAUUGUUUAGUACGAGUACAUCUCAAGAAUUUUAUGAAAAUAUAGUUGAUAUUAUUAUACGUCAGAUAAUUAUAUUUCAAAAUCGAUAUUUGCAACGUUUAUAUUUAUUAAAAUUAUUGAAAAAAUUUUGCUAUCGAUAUCAACCAAAAAUGAACAAUUGUGAAUCAUUUUUAAGAAAUUUCUUGGAAUAUAUUGACAUAUUUCAAGGUGAACAUUUAUGUUUAGUAUUUGCAAUAUUGGCGUCAAUGCAUCAAUCAAGUUUACAUGAUCAGUUUAAUAUAUUUGUGACAAAAUGUCUUAUUCAACCUCAUAAAGAAAAAGAAAAAGGUGUUUUUGGUGCUGUUGAAUUGUGUCGAUCAUUAUUGGCUAAAUAUUCUACAUCAUUUACUUCCACAAAUGCAACAAGAACAACAGCGUGUAUGAAUUCUGAAACAGAAAUACGAGAUUUGUUGGCCUUAGUUCAAAAUUCAGGUCAACAAUGUCCACACACACUCGCCUUAUUUUAUGAUGAAUUAGCCGCAAUGAUUUUAACAUUGAAAAAUAAACAUUUAACACAAACACAACAAUUUUCAACUGGCACUUUUGAUGCUCCAAUUGAUUCAAAAUUAUUCGAAUGGUUUGCCAAUUCAGCUGCUGAUACAUUUUCACACGCUUUUGUAUCCGAGACAAAUGAUAGUGAUGAUCGAACUAAUUUUCCUCAUCCAACUUGUAUUCAAUAUUGUUUUAGAAAAGAUACUGAUAAUCCAACAAUAAUUGAUAUGACCCAUUUGGUCGUUAAAUAUCAUCAAUAUCGUUCAUUGAAUGAUCCAUGUUCAUCUCCGGUACUAUUAGCUCCACUACUCAAUCUUAUUGUUAUAUGUUCAUCGGCAAUAACAACAACAACGAUUCCAGCUGAAGUGCGUGUAGAUGCCAUAUUACAAUGUAGUUUAAGAUUACCUGAUAUUUUACGAACAAAUGAUGGUAACAAUGAUGAAUCAGUUUUUUUAAACGAAAACAGUCUUGAUGAUCCAAUAUAUCGACGACAAUAUGAAAAUGGUUUAAAAAUAAUGCCUCAAGAAACUUUACGUAUAUUAUGUGAUAUAUACUAUUAUUCGAGUUAUUUAUUUCGUGAAAUAUUCAAUUUAUUAUGUUCUCAUGAGCAGAUUAAUAAUGAUGAUAAUUAUUUGAUUACAAAACGUUUAGCACAAUUAACUGAUAUCGAAGAAUAUUUUGCAACUUGUGUGAAAUUUUAUCAAUAUGCAUAUGGUUUAUAUCGACCAGUUUGCUCAAAUAACAAUAGUAAGGAUGUUCUUCGCGCGAUAAAUAUUAAAAAAAAAACAAUUGCAGCAAAAAAACCUACAACAACUAAAAAACGAGUCAAAACGAAAAUAGGAACAACGACAAAUAAAAAAGGAAUAAAAAGAAAAGCUCAAUCGCCGAUACGGGAUGAUGAUGAAGAAAAUUUUAUACGAAGUCCAUCAAAUCUCAGCGGAACAACACUCACCGCAGCAGCUACACAUCGUUCACCAGGAACUACACCAAAACGUACAUCAGUUCCGAAAAUCAAACCAAAAGCCAUUCCACCAAUCGAUAUUUAUUUGUAUGAUAUUCGUCAAUUGAAACAGUCAACAUUUCGUGUUAUAAUGGAAUAUCUUGAACCAUUAUUGAAAAGUAAAAGCAAAGAACGACUAAUCUACUUACGUUGCAUACAAACACUAACUGCGGAAAUUUAUCGUUUUCUUACACAAUCGAACACCUCAACAUCAACUUCCAAUACAAAGCCUACCAAGCGAAUAAGUACAACUCAAGCACCAGCAAUUCCAACUCAGCUUACUUUGGCCGCAGCAACAGAAAAACGUGGUCAUGAUGAUGAGAAUGAAGAUGAUGAUGAUGAUGAAAGUAUCGAUGAACAAUUUAUAUUAGAUUUUGGUCAAUAUCGUGUAAUUUUACAGUAUAUCCUUCGUACAAUGAAAGCCAUACAACUCUUUCUUCAACCGCCCGAUAACAUUGAUGAUGCUAAUAUUGAUACACAAGAUCGUUCAUUUUUAGUUGAUGAUGAUUCCAGUCGUGAUAUAGCAAUAACAUCAUUUCGAUAUGCUGUAAACUGCCUUUAUCAAUUAUUAAUUAUAUUUAAAGUAAAACGUUCAAUUUGGGAAAAACAAAAAGAUUAUCAACAAAUCCAGACACAAGCAAUGACCACAGCAGCAGGACCAAAACAAACUAAUUGUCUUUCAACUCUAAUGUUGAUAAUCAAUAAAUGUACUGGUGGUAACAACAACAGUAAACCAGAAACAAUGUCAAAUGAAAAGAAAAAUCAUACAACAGCAUUCAAAUCAUUAAUAGCAUUUGAAAAUAUUCUGGCCUUUAAUGACAAAGUUCGAUUAUGCCAAUGUUUAGAACAAAUUAUUCAGUUGUUUAAUGAUUCAGAUGAUGAAGUUUAUCAGGAUUCAUUAGCCAAUAUAUUUUCUAAACAAUGUCGAGUGCUAUUACAAAGUUCAAAAUUAGCGUCUGAUGUAAGUGAUUCAUCAACGUCAUCGUUAACAUUGACAACAAAAACAAAUAAAUCAAUGGAAAUAUUAUUAAAUCUUUAUUUUACCCAUUGUGGAAAUGAUCUAUUGUCCGUUCUUGAUGAACUAUGUGAUUAUUCUAAAAAACAACUUGAUUCACCAAAUAACACCACCAUUAGUAACAACCACGAUGAAGAUGGAAAUUGGUCAACGUGGACGGAUAAAACGUUUGUUAUCUAUUAUCGUUGCAUAUUUAAACAUCACAUUGCUAAAGCGCAAUCAUUACGAAUGAUUACACAAGAUAAGGAUCCAACAAUUGAUAAUACAUGUGAAAAAUGGCAAGAAUUAAUAGGAUUAUUUAAAAAACUCGUCAAAUUUAUUCAGAUACAUGAUUUUGAUCAAAAACCAACAAUGAUAACAGCAAUAUUGAGAUUUAGUAAAAAAUUUAUUGAUGUAUUUCGUAUGAGAGCAAUGCCAACAUUUGAUACCGUAUUUAAAAACAAAUUUGAUGUUAUUAAAAAAUUACUAACCGAAUUACAACAAGGUACACGUUUAAUACAACAAUUAUGUGGUAUGACGAAAAAAGAUUUAAAAUUUUUGACAUGUAUUAAAUCGAUACCAGCUGUUAAACGUUCAUUAGAAUUAUUUUUAUGUCGUGUUAAAACAAUGGCGGAUAAAAAUGAAUGUCCACCCGGUGUAUUCUUUCUUGGACAAUUAAAACAUCGUACAAUACAUGGUGAAGAAAUAUCAACACCAGAUAUGAAUAUGUCAAGGGGAAAUGAGGAUGAUGCUGACGAAAAUGGAUCCAAUGAUGAGGAAGAGAAUGAUGAUAAUAAUGAACAUCAACAACAACAAGACGAUGAUGACACGAAUGAUGUUGAUGAGGAUGGGGAUGAAGAGGAUGAGGACGAACAACACCAAGUUGAUCUCACCGAAAGUGAAGAAGAAGAUUAG